AUGGCGACGUCGUGUGCGUGUGCACAGGCCAGCACUCGCCCGCCGCCAGGCGAUUUGAACCACUACUCGCGCCUGAUUACGCAGCCGAAGGACCAGGGUGCGUCGCAGGCCAUGCUCUACGCGACGAAGGGCAUUGACAACGAUGAAGACCUGAAGCGUGCCAUGGUGGGUGUCGCCAGUGUGUGGUACGAAGGCAACCCCUGCAAUGCGCAUCUGCUGGGCAUCGGUCAGACCAUCCGCAACUCGAUUGAUCAGGCUGGUUUAACGGGCUACCAGUUCGGCACCGUGGGUGUCUCGGACGGUAUUAGCAUGGGCACAUCGGCCAUGUCGUACUCGCUUCCCAGCCGUGAUUUGAUUGCCGACAGUGUCGAGAGCUGUGUGGGUGGUCACUGGCUCGAUGGUUGUGUCGUGGUGCCAGGUUGUGACAAGAACAUGCCGGGUGUGCUCAUGGCUCUGGGCCGCCUCAACCGCCCGGGUAUUAUGGUGUAUGGUGGUACGAUUCGCCCAGGCCACUGUGGCUCCAUUGCUGGCUCGCUGGACAUUGUGAGUGCGUUCCAGAGCUACGGUCAGUACCUCGCUUCGGGUGCGACGCCAGAGGCGGAGAAGGUGCGGUACGAUACAGUGCGUCACGCAUGCCCCGGAAACGGUGCGUGCGGUGGUAUGUACACGGCCAACACGAUGGCCUCGUGUGCCGAGGUGCUGGGUAUGACGCUGCCAGGCAGCAGUUCGUUCCCUGCAGAGUACCCGGAGAAGCGGGCCGAAUGUGAUUCCAUCGGUGAGACGAUGCGUCUGCUACUCGAGAAGAACCUGCGUCCGCGUGACAUUAUGACGAAGAGCGCAUUUGAGGAUGCCAUUGCGCUGACCAUGGUGCUCGGUGGCUCGACCAAUGCGGUGCUGCACUUGAUUGCCAUUGCGAAGAGUGUGGGUGUGGAGGUGACGAUCGAUGAUUUCCAGCGCAUUAGCGAUGCGACGCCGUUCCUGGCCAACCUGAAGCCGAGUGGCAAGUAUGUCAUGGAGGAUGUCCACACCAUGCUGGGCGGUAUCCCGUCGGUGGUGCACUACCUGAUUGAGAACAAGCUGAUGAAGGGUGAGCACAUGACAGUGACGGGCCGUACGCUGCGUGAGAACUGCGAGCGCUGGGUCGCAGAACGUGGCCCGAUGCCGAUGGACCAGGACCUGCUCUACCCGGUGGACAAGCCGAUCAAGGCAAGUGGCCACAUUCGCGUGCUGUACGGCAACCUGGCACCCGGUGGUGCGGUGGCCAAGAUUACCGGCAAGGAAGGUCUGUUCUUCUCGGGCAAGGCGCGUGUGUUUGACACGGAGGACGAUCUGGUGCAUGCGGUAGAGAAGAACGAAAUCAAGAAGGGCGAGAAGACGGUGGUGAUUCUCCGCUACAAGGGUCCUAAGGGUGGCCCUGGUAUGCCUGAGAUGCUCAAGCCGACCAGUCUCAUCAUGGGUGCCGGUCUGGGCCACGAUGUGGCCUGCCUCACGGAUGGUCGCUUCAGCGGUGGUUCGCACGGCUUCGUGAUUGGCCACGUUGUGCCGGAAGCGCAGGAGGGUGGUCCGAUUGCUCUCGUGCAGGACGGUGACACAAUCACGAUCGAUGCGGAGAAGAACACCAUCAAUAUCGAGGGCGUCACCGAGGACGAGCUUAUUGGUCGUCGCGCUGCCUGGACGCCGCGCCCCCUCAAGGUGAGCCAGGGUGGUCUGUACAAGUACACACGGCUGGUUGCUGAUGCCAGCCACGGCUGUGUGACGGAUGCGUAA